AUGGUGUCCGAAAUCCACGUUAUUUCCAAGCGCGACCUCUCCAAACAUGAGACCGUUGCAGUUGAUCUGCCGUUGCCGCAGCUAGGCGUCUCUUCUAUCCGCGUCCGCACAUCCCUCAUCGGGAUCACGAGCAACAACCUCUCGUAUGCGAAGCUGGGUGACAUGCUGCAAUGGUGGAACACUUGGCCCGUACCUUUGGAUGCACCGGCACCGUACAACGACCGGGCCGAGUGGGGCAUCGUCCCGGCGUGGGGCUUUGCGCGGGUGCUCGAGUCCAACAUCGAGGCUAUCCCGGCCAAGAGCCUCCUUUAUGGGUACUGGCCCACUUCUUCUUAUCCGGUCGACUUGUCCCUCGUUCCGAGCGAACCAGAGGGUUAUUUCCGCGAGGUCAGCGAACACAGGCAGGGACUUGGGAACAUUUACAAUCGCUACAAUCUUGUCGACGAGUCUGCUCAGUCGGAAGAGUACCAGGCAUGGUUUGCCAACGUCUCUCCUAUCUGGAACUGCGGUUAUGUCAUGAAUCGCUUCACUUUCGCUACGGAAUUCAAGCCGGCAGCGUUUGAGAUCAAGACGGUCAACUACUCCGAGCUCGCCGCAAAAGACACGAUUGACUGGAUUGCCAAACUGCAACCCAAACGCGUGGUUGUAGCUGACUUUGGUGGCCGCCCGAAGGAGACAGAGGAGUUCCGCGAGGCCAUCAAAUCAACGCUCCCAGAAUCAACUGUGUUCACCAACAUCCAAGUCGGAGGAGAGCCAAAAAUCAUGGCACCAGAGGAGGCCCUCAAGUCGAUGGCGAUAUUCAAGAAGUGGGGACUUGUUCAGCUCAACACGACUGGUAUUGUUGACGCUGGGAUUACUGUAGAGGGUGCAGGUAAAUACUUCGACGGCGCUGAAUCAACGUUCCGAAGGUUCCUCGAGGAGGAGAGCGUAGCAGACCUUGAGCUGAUAUGGGGAAGUGGUGUUGGAGGUACGAAUGGCAUUGAAAAAGCAUGGGAAAACAUCAUCCAGGGAACUUUGUCGCCCCAAAAGGCAUGGGUUUACAGAUUAGAGUAG